GGGUGGGGAGCGCGCGGUCCCGGAAACUUUUCCCCGGCGCCUUCGCAGCCGCCGCCCGCGUCCGGGAGCGCGCCCUUCUCUGCCCGCGGUCAGUGCGGUCGGUGCGCUCGGCCAGGACCGCUGCGGCAGAACUGAACCCAGAAAAGCGGGCUCGGGGCGGCCGGCGCUCGCGGCUGCCUGCGGCGGGGGAGGCUGCGCCCAGGUCCCCAGCCCCGCGGAGCGCGCCCAGCCGCGCCAUGGGGGAGGCGCCCAGCCCCGCGCCCGCGCUCUGGGAUUGGGACUACCUGGACCGCUGUUUCGCCCGCCACCGCGUCUGCAUCUCCUUCGGCCUGUGGAUCUGCGCCUCCUCCUGCUGGAUCGCCGCCCACGCGCUGCUUCUCUAUCUGAGAUGUGCAAAGAAAUCCAGACAGGACCAGUCACCACUGUGUGCUGCGUGCUGCCUCCUGACCAGUCUGUGCGACACCGUGGGGGCCAUUCUGGCCAGACAGCUCACAAUCCAGGUCUUCACGGGUGCCUACCUCGCAGCUAUUGACUUAGCGAACUUCAUGUUCACCCUCUUCCCAGUCUGUGGAUCCAGAUUCAAGUCUAAUUCAGAUUGGGAAGCCCGAGAGAGGAACAGGAGGCGGCAGCUUGGGGCCGGCGUGUUUGCCCUGGCCCUGCCGCUGAGCCUGGGUCCAUGCUGGGCCCUCUGGGUUGCUGUCCCGAAGGAUUCAGCCACCAUCCGGGGGCCGCAGCGGAGGCUGCUGGCGAACCUGCUGCAGGAAAACCCUGAGAUUCUUGGCUACCUUCUGGGUGGCAUUGCUGCCUUCGGCUCCUGGGCUUCUCGGAUCCCCCCUCUCUCCAGAAUUUGCCGGGGAAAGACAUUUCCCUCCAUCCACCUGUGGGCCCGGCUCCUGUCGGCCCUGGCUGGCCUCCUCUAUGCCUCAGCCAUUGUGGCCCACGACCGGCAGCCUGAGUACCUGCUGCGAGCCACACCCUGGUUCCUGACCUCCCUGGGCCGCGCUGCGCUGGACCUCGCUAUUAUUUUCCUUUCGUGUGUGAUGAAGAGCAAGAUGAGACAGGCCUUGGGAUUUGCCACUGAAGCCAGAGAGAGCCCCGACAGCCAAGCCCUUUUGACCUGGGCGGAGAAAGAGGAAGAGGACCAGGAGGUGAGGAAUGAGCACAAGAAUUCGGAUUGGGUGCCUCUCACCACACUGUCACACUGCAAGUCACUGAGGACAAUGACAGCAAUCAGUCGCUACAUGGAGCUGACCAUCGAGCCUGUGCAGCAGGCAGGCUGCAGUGCCACUAGGCUGCCGGGUGAUGGACAGACGAGCACUAGAGAUGCGUCCCUGCAGGAGCCCCCGUCAUACCCUCCCGUUCAGGUCAUCCGGGUCCGAGUGUCUUCCAGUAGCUCCUCCGAGGUCCCCUCCAUCAACUCUGACCUGGAGAAGUAUUGGGAGGCCCUAAACUCGGAGCAGUGGGACCCUGAGGAUGUGAACCUUGAAGGGAGCAAAGACAACGUGGAGAUACUCGGAUCCCAGGUGCACUGGGACUCCGUGAGGACAGCAGACCUGAGUGCUGAUGAUUAACACCUUUGGAGCCAGCUGACCAGCUCAGAGCCCAGGAUCAGGAGUUAUGUUCAGUAAUGCAGUGGGAAUCAAUCUGCACUGACUCCGUGGCAGGAACUGAAGCUGCUGCAGAAGCCGCCCUGGAAAGUGAGGAACCAGGGGCCGCCACUGAGUGUGGCUGGUUGACAUCAUAGCUCAUAAUGGAGCUAAGACUUGUCCUGUGGACAGACCUGGACAGGCCAGCAUUUGUUCUGAAGAUUACAAGUUUACAGACAGCGCUUGCUUUGUAAAGAUAAUCCAAAGGACAUUGGACCCACUUUUCCCUUUAUUCCCUUGAGAUUCGGCCAUAAACUGAAUACCUGCUA